AUGUUCAACAACCGCCAAGUUGUCAAGCCAGAUGAGAUUGAUAAUACCUUCUUGAAGCUAGUCCAUCGGUUCCGUACCACAAGAAACAGUAUCGAAUUCUUUCGAACUGUUAAGGAGCUUUUGACCUUCUUUCCCAACUGUAAAAAGGGGUUACAGUGGUGGUUCCAACCUGGUGUCUCAAGUAUGGUAUUCAGAUGCAAGUCUUUGAUGAAGGACGACUUGAGGCAACACAAGAGCCGCUCAUCCAAUACCACUGAGGCGUUCCAUAGUGCCUUGUACAAGUUGAUGCCAGAGAAAAGACAACCCGUUUCGACAAGCUUAAGACUUUUGUUGCAGGUCGCCAAGCGUGAUGGAAUGAUGUUGUUGGGUUUUUAUGACCAUAAUAUCCGACCACAUUACGGAAACAAACCCAAGAAGCCAACAAAAAAGUCUGCAACUCUGUAUGAAAUUAAUGAUGGCCAUGCGCCAGAUAACAACACAGCACUCUUUGGCACCAAGAAGAGAAAACAAGAAGUGGUGCUCAUUAGCGAUGCUGAGGAGGAUGGCAAACGCAAGGCCAAGAAAGCAAAAACCCGUGAUAUUAGUUUGAAUGCUGCCAUAAUUGAGCAUCUGGAUGAAACUGAUGAAAUGGAGAGGAACUGUCCCAAGAUGAAUGAUUUCCCAGAUGAUGAUAUCAGUGAUGAGAAACUGUUCCUUGAACUACUCUCAGACGACGAAUGCAAAAGCGAUAAAGCAGAAAAUGUAUUUGAUAGAACUGAGGACCUAGAUAAAGGCAUUAAGAAUAUGUUUGAUGACCUUGGAAUACCUGUUGAAGAUGUUGUCGGCUCAGAUGAAGAAUCGAAAUCGUCCGUUAUUGAUCUUGUAUCAUCUUCCUCUUCUUCUUCUUCUUCCUCUUCCUCUUCCUCUUCCUCUUCCUCUUCCUUUCCUUCCUCUUCUUCUUCUUCUUCAUCAUUAAUGAAGACCAAAUGCAAGCCCACAUCAGUUUUACAACCCAAGUCUGAGCCUACCUCAUCCAAGAUGAGAGCACUAUCCGAUUCUGAUUUUUCGUUGCCUUUGCCUCCUUCGAACUCACCCUUUCCUGCAAGUGAUGGUACAUGUAUUGAUCUUACGAUUCAAGGCAUUCAAAAAUUCAUAUCUGAUACAGUAAUUGAUCUUUGCUCUCCCCCAAUGCCCCAUGAGACUUCGACAUUAGUAGCAAUCGAACCCGAUACAAGCGAUGCGACCAGGAUGACAAGUGAGCCUCCACUUAAAAAUGAUUUACCUGCCACUGCCGGCUUCUUGGUACCACAAAAAAGGGCAUCUCUUCUUCAAAAAUACCAAUGGCUCGUAAAGGAUUACGAAAAUAACGAUCCAGACAAAUACUCGACUUUAUCUGUUCCUACGUACAUUUUCCCCAACUAA